UAUAAUUCAUAUAUAUAUAUAUUUUGAAAGCCAAGUGUCAAGUGUUGUUGUGUGCGUUAAAUCCCAGGCUGCCCCCACUCAAAAGAGAAAUAAUACAAAAAUAAAUUAAAUUAUGUUGAAGUUCGUGUGCCUGUUCGCGCUGCUUGCCACAGCGGCAGCAGCAGCCUCUGAGGCUGACAGCUUGCUGACGAGUGCCCUUCGCAUGGUCAAGGAUUGCGGCGAGCGCUCCAUGGUGUUGUGCAUGAAGGAACGCGCCCUGCACUACUUCGACUCGGAGAACGGCGAUGUGAAGCUGACGGAGGGCAUUUCCCUGGUCAAGACCGAUGAUAUACCCGUGGGACGUGCCCUGAAUGAUAUGGCCCUGCCUGAGGAGGCGGAGGCACGCGAAAGUGAGGUCGACUCGCUGCUGGUGGAGCGCGUGGCGCGCUUCUUUGGCACACACACGCUGCAGUUCAAGGUGCCCAAGGACUCCAUUCAGGAUAUGCAGCGCGCUCUCGAAGAAUCGCGCGGCAAGAAGAAGGAGAAGAAGAAGUAUCUGAUGCCGCUGCUGAUGCUGUUCAAGCUGAAGAUGGCAGCGCUGCUGCCCUUGGCCAUUGGCUUCCUGGCGCUCAUCUCAUUCAAGGCUCUGGUCAUUGGCAAGAUUGCGCUGCUGCUCUCUGGCAUCAUCGGCCUGAAGAAGCUGCUGGAGUCGAAGAAGGAGAACUAUGAGGUCGUUGCGCAUCCGCACUAUGAGCACGAGCACAGCUAUGGCAGGUCGCUGCAUAACAAUGCUGAGGCACAGAACUUGGCCUAUGCGGCGUAUCAGCAAUAGACGGUCACAGCAGCCAAAGCGUCACAACAACAACAACAACAACAACCACAAUUAGUGCAAUACACAAAAGAAAGAAGAAUGUGAAGAAGAGAAAAACUUAUCAAAGUGAAGGAAAGGAGCACAGAGCUCGCGCAGCUCGUUUAAUUUAUUUUAUUUAUUUAAUUUAUUUGUAGCUUAACUCAAGCAAAAGGCGCCAUCAACAGCAACAACAACAACAAAACACUAUCAAACAAAAGAAAUGAGAUCCUAGUUAAUAAGCUCUAACAAAUAUGCAGCCGACUGCAAUUGCAGUCGACCAUAUGAAAGCGGG